CCUGACUGACUAGCAGGCCGGCCUUGCCAAGAAAGAUGUGACCUGUUGUAUUGCAGUCUAGAGAAGAACGUGUUUCACUGUUUAAAAGCCUGUUUCCUAAUUUCAUAGAAUGUUUGAUAUUUCAAUUUGCCAGGAAUUCUAAGAAAGUCAGUCGUCUUGUACACCAGCAAGUGCAUCUGCUGUAAUGAUGGAAAGUCAAGAUAUUUUGACUCCCACCGCUGAUCGAGCAAGAUUUACAGUUUGUAAAACAGAAAAUGAAGAAAACGAUACUGCACCUGGAAAUGCAAAAGGAAGCGAAACAAGCGAAGGACUACAUGGCACAGUCAAAGAGGACGCAAUUGAAAUCCCUUUACUCGAAAAGCAGAAUGGACAGAACCGGAAUAGCACAGGAAACCUUGCUUUAUACGAAGAAGAUAUCAAGAAAAGACCAAAGCUAGCCACACUGUUGGCUACUUUAUCAAAUUAUGAUGUCACGAUACCUCCAACUAAAGGUGUUAAGCCAGAAAUCGAGGCCAAGACUGAGGUUGUCAAAAUGGGGACCCUUUUUGGUGUCUAUCUACCAUGCUUACAGAACAUUUUUGGCGUUAUCCUCUUCAUUCGUCUUUCAUGGAUCGUUGGUACCGCGGGUGUACUCCAAAGCUUCUUCAUCGUCUUUCUCUGUUGCUGUUGUACUAUGUUGACUGCCAUUUCAAUGAGUGCUAUUGCAACAAAUGGAAUGGUACCAGGUGGUGGCUCGUAUUUCAUGAUCUCAAGAAGCCUUGGUCCUGAAUUUGGUGGCGCUGUUGGAAUUCUCUUUUACCUUGGGACCACAUUUGCGUCAUCAAUGUACAUCCUAGGUGCUAUUGAAAUCCUCUUGACAUACAUCGCUCCUAGCAUGUCCCUUUUUGGCGAUAUAAGUGGCGGCGGCACUGUCUCGCCGGCGAUGCUGAACAACAUGAGAGUUUAUGGCACAAUAUUGCUCUUAAUCCUGUCCGCUAUGGUUUUCAUUGGUGUUAAAUAUGUCAACAAAUUUGCGUCAAUCUUCCUGCUAUGUGUCUUAUUUUCAAUAUUGGCGAUCUAUGUCGGAUUUUUCUCCGUACACGCCAGAUCCUCAACCAACCUUUGUUACGUCGACGAUACGCUAAUCGCAAAAAGUUUAUAUGGUAAUUGCUCUAAAGAUGAUGUUCAGCUUGCAAAGUAUGUUCAACAACAAAUAUCGCCUGCAUACUGGAACACAUCGAGUGUUUCCACGGCCAAUGGCAUACCAGGGAUCACAAGUGGAAUAUUCACAGAUAACGGUGGAAGUCACUACAUGAAGAAAGGAAAAAGCAUCCAUGGGAAGGACCACGCCCUGUCCCCUAUAGUUGCUGAUAUAACAUCAAGCUUCACUAUUUUGCUUGCCAUCUUCUUUCCCUCUGUAACGGGUAUCAUGGCUGGAUCAAAUCGUUCUGGGAAUCUGAAAGAUGCACAAAAAUCAAUACCCAUGGGAACAAUCGCUGCCAUUGCAACAACGUCCUUUGUCUAUCUCACAUCUGUUCUACUAUUUGGAGCAACUACAGUUGGAGACCUUCUACGUGACAAGCAAGGUGAGAGUAUUGGUGGAGCUCUUGUCGUGGCGAAUAUUGCUUGGCCUAGCAAAUAUGUCGUCUUGUUUGGGUCGUUUCUGUCCACUGUUGGAGCCGGGCUGCAAAGUUUAACUGGAGCACCGCGUCUGCUUCAAGCCAUUGCGAAAGACGGUAUCAUACCAUUUUUGAAUAUAUUUGCAACUUCGUCGAGAGGAGGGGAGCCGCACCGUGCGCUUCUUUUGACGAUCGCCAUCUCUGAGAUUGGCGUGAUUAUCGCCAGUUUGGAUGCAGUAGCUCCCAUCAUUACAAUGUUCUUUUUGAUGUGUUAUGGUUUUGUCAACUUCGCGUGUGUUUUGCAAUCACUUCUCAAGGCUCCUAACUGGCGGCCAAGAUUCAAAUUUUAUCACUGGACGACCUCUGCUCUAGGCGUAGCAUUCUGCCUCUCUUUGAUGUUCAUAUCAAGCUGGUAUUAUGCCCUCGUUGCCAUGCUCCUUGCCUUAGUCAUCUAUAAAUACAUCGAAUUCAGAGGUGCUGAAAAGGAAUGGGGGGAUGGCCUGCGAGGGUUGUCCCUCAGUGCUGCCAGGUACAGCUUGCUCAGGUUAGAAGAAGGAUCAAUGCACACAAAGAACUGGAGACCACAGGUUCUCGUUCUCUGCACGACGAUGGAUGGCCCUGAGGUUGAUGACAAAUCUUCAAAAUUGAUUACUUUAAUCAGUCAACUCAAAGAAGGCCGUGGAUUAACAAUCGUUGGAUCGGUUAUGCAUGGUAGUUACUUGACCUCUACUAUCGACGUUGAUGAAGCAAAAGAGAAUCUAAUGGAAACAAUGAAAACAGAGAAAGUUAGAGGAUUUUGCAAGGUUGUUGCUGCCAAAGAUCUAUCAGAAGGAUACUCAUUCCUGAUUCAAAAUGGUGGCUUAGGGGGACUGACGCCGAACACAGUGAUUGUGGCGUGGCCUAACGACUGGAAGGAAAGUCUCUCGGCCACAACCUUAAUCAAUACGGUUUGCGUCACGGCUGAGAGGCACGAGGCCAUGUUGGUUGUAAAAGACGCUGAAAGUUUCCCUGAACGCCAAGACCGUGAGGAGGGCAACAUCGACAUAUGGUGGAUUGUGCAUGACGGGGGGAUGAUGAUUUUGAUGAUGUUUCUAUUGAAAAGACACAAAACCUGGAGGAAAUGCAAGCUCAGGAUAUUUACUGUUGCUCAAAUGGAGGAUAACAGUAUACAAAUGAGGAAAGACCUUUCAAAAUUUCUUUACAACCUCAGAAUCGAAGCUGAUAUAGAGGUUGUUGAAAUGCUUGAUCAAGACAUUUGUGCCUAUACAUAUGAGAGAACUUUAAUGAUGGAACAAAGAAAAGUCAUUCUAGAGAAAAUGAAAUUAUCGCGAAAAGAAAGUCGUGUCGAGGUCCAGACAAUUGUAGAGGCUGCGCACAAGCCCCGGUCGGAGACAAUUUUAGCAAUUGAGAAGCCAAUACCGGAAGAAGAUGAAAGCGGUAAUAAAAGCCCGGACAGUGUCCGGAGGGAUUCGACCCCUUCACACAAAGAGAGUGAAAAUACACUGAAGUCGGAAAACACUCAAAAACCUGAUGGCAUCAACGUACGACGCAUGCACACAGCAGUCCGGCUUAACUCGGUUAUCAAAGAGAAAUCCUGCAACUCAAGAUUAACCAUGAUCAACCUUCCAACGCCACCCAGAAGUCUCUGCAAUCAAGAUCAUUAUAUGGAAUUCAUCGACGUAUUGACUGAAGGUUUGCCAAGAGUGAUCAUGGUGCGAGGGGGAGGCCACGAAGUCGUCACUAUUUAUUCAUGAAUUUUAAUCCGGAUUGCAUUUCAAUGCUAACCUGGAUUGCGUUUCAAUCCUAAUCCGGAUUGCAUUUCAAUCCUAAUACGGAUGCAUCUAAAUCCUCGUCGGGAUUGUUUCUCGUUUAUUUUUCUUUAUUGAAGAAUUGAUUUUUUUUUCAAUUAAAGAAAAAUUAGAAGUUGUAAAAUCUACCAACUGCUGUAGAUGUUUAUCUCGUUUAAGAGUAAAUUUUUAUGAAGAGUUUUGUCAUU